AUGGCACCACCCAUUGAUGUUGCAGCCUACCAGCUCUCGGAUAAACAUCCACCGGAUAAAGGGGAUACCUAUUCGUUUCCUCCGGAAGAGAAUCUAUGGUUGCAGUGCCAUCAGGCCAUCCUCGGUGAGGUCGAGAGCAUGCAGAAGGCUCUGGAAGCUUUGGUGGAGAGACGCAAGACGACAGCCAAGAACGAGCCUCUGGAAGCAUGGGUGGUGGACUGCCUCCACACCGUUUGGAGCGGACACCGUCAGUACCUGGAAGCGCACCAUGAACAUGAGGAAGUCCUCGUGGGCGAGAUUGCCAAGAAACGAUUUCAAUGGCCCAAAGAGAUCUCGUCAACCCACGAUGACCUUGACAAUAUGUUCAAAGCCAUCCAUGACUUGAUGGUGAACUUGCGGAGUGCUAUGGAAACUCAGAACGGUCUCGAAGCUGACCAAGUGUUGGAGCGACUUUUGGAAAAAUGGACAGGAUACCAGAAAGAGUUAACGUUGCAUAUUGAAUUGGAAGAAGCAACUAUUGUUCCAUUGGUCAGAGCUUACAUGUCUCACAACGAAAUGAACAUGCUUAUCUUCAAAAUGAUGUCGAAUGUGCCCAAGAAUGAGCUCGGGGCGAUUGUCCACUACACUGGUGAAGAGCACAUUCGGACUGUGACCAUGCCCUAUCAAAGAAUGCCAUCAUUCCUUUGGAACUGGCUGUUGAAGCCUGCUGUGGACGCGUAUCGCCUGACGUAUGUGGCGAGCGCAGAGGCAGUGCGUCUCGGGAUCCCAAAGCAUUCCGAGCCCAUGCCAGUGGGGUUGAUUAGUCGUUUUUUCAAGGGCAUAAUGGGUUACUUUUCGGUUCCAUUUUCGGUCCUUCAGAAGGUGUUGGCGACUCUUGCUGCUUCCAAUCCAACAAAGGUGCUCAAGUCGGAUUGA